UCGACUCACGAGAUCGGCUCAACGUAAGCAGUAUACCAUCAAUUGAAAAUUCUAGAUUAUAAUCGUUCAUUUAGACACAACAGAAACGGAAUAUUCUGGACGGAAAACGUGCAAUUAGUGAUAGUCUUGAAGUGUUGAAGUGAAAAACAAGGUGUUACUAUUCUGUUUAUUACUUUAUUACAUUGCAGGGAAACGUUUUAUCCAAAUGGAGCAGGUUGUAGCAUUGAAAGAUAAAGGCAAUGCGGCAUUAGCUGAAAAUAAGUUAGAAGAUGCCAUAAAAUAUUACACAGAAGCCAUCAAUUUAGACCAAGAUAAUGCCGUGUUAUAUUCAAAUAGAUCUGCUGCUCAUGCAAAGGCACACAACUAUGAACUCUCUUUGAAAGAUGCUGAGAAAGCUAUUGCUCUAAAGCCUGAAUGGGGUAAGGCUUUUUCAAGAAAGGGCACUGCCUUAGCAUACUUGGGUAGGUUGGAUGAGGCUAUUGAAACUUAUGAAAAGGGAUUGCAAUUAGACCCAAAUAAUCAACAACUCAAGGAUGGGUUAACUGAAGUAACUACUCAAAAAGCCGCUAAAUCAAGAGGUGGUGGAGGUUUUCCAAACAUAUUUGCUGGUAUUGAUGUAUUUACUAAGUUAAAGGCUGACCCUAGAACUGCAGCACUUUUAAAUGAUCCAGAUUAUUUGGCAAUGUUGGCAGAGCUACAAGCUAACCCCCAAAGUCUAGGUUUAAAACUACAAGAUCCAAGACUGCUCAUGACUUUAAGUGUACUUAUGGAUGCAGGUGGUUCGGAUGAGCCAAUGGAAACGGAGCCUACUUACACGCCACCCAAAAAGCCAGAACCAGAACCAAAACCUGAAUUCAAAGAAGAUCCCGAACCAGAGUUGCCAGAAAAUAAAAAAAUUGCUAGAAAAGAAAAGGAAUUAGGAAACGAAUGUUAUAAGAAAAAAGAUUUUCCAGGUGCUAUUGAACAUUAUAGUAAGGCCAUAGAAUACGACCCGACUGAUAUUACAUUUUACAAUAACUUAGCUGCGGUAUAUUUCGAACAAAAAGAAUUUGAUAAGUGCAUAAAUGAAUGUGAAAAGGGUAUCGAUAUCGGUAGAGAAAACCGUGCAGAUUUUAAGAUGAUCGCAAAGUCGCUUAUGAGGAUUGGAAACGCCUAUAAGAAGAAAAAAGAUUAUCAUAAUGCAAGAACUUAUUAUGAAAAGUCAAUGUCUGAGCAUAGAACUCCUGAAAUUAGAACUUUGUUAUCUGAAGUAGAAAAACUUAUUAAGGAGGAGGAAAAGAAGGCUUAUAUCAACCCUGAAUUAGCUGAACAAGAGAAGGAAAAAGGUAAUGAAUGUUUUAAAAAAGGAGAUUAUGCUGCCGCAGUAAAACAUUACACCGAAGCUAUUAAACGAAAUCCGGAUGAUGCAAAAAUUUAUAGUAAUAGGGCCGCAUGUUACACAAAAUUGGCCGCUUUUGAUUUAGGUUUGAAAGAUUGCGAAAAAUGCGUCGAAUUAGAUCCGAAAUUUAUUAAAGGUUGGAUUAGGAAAGGAACAAUUUUGCAGGGAAUGAAGCAGCCUAGUAAAGCCAUAGCUGCAUUCCAAAAAGCCUUAGAACUCGAUCCUAGUAAUGCUGAGGCACUUCAAGGUUACAGAACAUGUACAAUCGAAAACUCCAAUUUGGACGGGGAUCCAGAAAAAAUUAGGCAAAGAGCGAUGGGCGAUCCUGAAGUACAAGCAAUCCUAAGGGAUCCAGCGAUGCGUAUGAUCUUAGAACAGAUGCAAAAUGAUCCUAGAGCCCUUCAAGACCACCUUAAAAAUCCCGAAAUAGCUGCAAAAAUUCAAAAAUUGCUCGAUUCUGGUUUAAUCGCAAUCCGUUAGAUCUUGUAUUUAAUUAAUUUGAAAAAUCUCAGAGACAGUUUUACCACACCAAAUUGUCUAUUUUUCUUAGGUAUUCUUACGUGAAUUCAAUAAUGAUUGUUACUUUGUUAUUGGAUUCAAUAUUUACAUGUAAUUUUAAUUAUAUUAUUUUUCAUGAGGAUAAAGAUUGUAUCACUGCUUUGCUUUUAUUCCUAAAUUUAUAUUGUCGUAUGUACUUUAAGAAAUAAAUUAUUGGAAGUUUGA